AUGCGUGGGCGUGGAAGACCCGAAGACCUGACAAUAAGACACUUGUCUGAAGAAAGCUUAACUAAGAAUCUUGAGUCAUGGCUCGUACAAAGCAGACCGCUCGUAAAUCCACCGGAGGAAAGGCGCCUAGGAAGCAGCUGGCCACAAAGGCCGCCAGGAAGAGUGCGCCCUCUACCGGCGGAGUCAAGAAGCCCCACAGAUACAGGCCCGAGUGCAGCUAUUGGCGCCCUUCAGGAGGCCAGUGAGGCUUAUUUGGUUGGGCUCUUUGAGGACACAAACUUGUGUGCGAUCCACGCAAAGAGGGUUACGAUCAUGCCCAAGGACAUCCAGCUGGCUCGACGAAUCAGAGGAGAGCGUGCAUAA